CAGAGGUGUUAUGAAAUGUUUAAUUGUGCCCGUUCCUCCUGCCGGGGAGGGAAGCGAUGCGCACUAGGAGGCGCUGGAUCUCAGUGCGCACAUGAGUCAAUGUGCGGAGGACUCUCUCUCUCUCUCUCUCCAUCAUUUAUGAAAGCUCUUCCUCUCUGCUGCUCAUUUGCUCCGCGUCUUCGAUCACUUCUCUCGUUCUCAAUCACAAAUCGUUCAGUCCAAUCAGACAGCAUGCGUUUAACGCGUCCGCGCGCCAAGCGCUUCUAAAUGACCAUCCGAGCGCGUAAAGCGUUUCCAUUCACCACAACUGUUCCGCUGUCAUCCAGCGCGCUCCGCUUUGGCUUCUUCCCGGAGAAGAAAGAGAGAGGCUCUUGAUUUUCCCCCUUCUGCUUUGGGUGUAAAUGUUGAAGCCUGAAUGGCUGGAGCUCAACCUGGCGUUCAUGCGCUUCAACUCAAGCCGGUGCGCGUGUCCGAGAGUCUGAAGCGAGGCAGCAGAUUUAUGAAAUGGGAUGAGGAUUCUUCUACAGUGACUCCAGUGACGUUGCGCGUCGAUCCUCAGGGAUACUUCCUGUACUGGACAGAUCAGAAUAAGGUACAAUUUCUCAAACCAGAAUGCAGAUUUAUUGAAGCUUGCCUUAUGAUCAAGGUUAAUAGUAUCUUGUGGUUGGAUAAGCAUCUCUCUUAUGAAGAGGUAGUGGUCUGUGCAAUCUGGUGGUGCAAUGGCCACAGGCAGACAGACAUCUGCACCCACGAAUAUAGCUGGACCCGCGCCGGUCAAAUAUGGAGCCCGUGGGGCGGGCGGGUCGCCCAGGUGAUACUCUUUCCUGGAGCGGCUUCACGGCGACAUGAAAAGGCUUCGCUCAGUGCCAGGCUGACUUUCAUUGUCCGUCAGGUCGUUCUCUCGUCUUUGGUGGUUGAAAGCGAUCCAGUGAGCUCAAAGCCAGUGAUUCUGGUCAGAGCAGAUGCGCCGUGGCCCUUCACUUUGAUACGACAUGGUUCGGUUAAAUCCGGCUCCCAAAGGCAGCGAGGUCUCGAUGCAUGUUACCAUAGAAACUCUGAUGGAAAGGCUCCCUCAAUCCUAAAUCACAACCUGAACUUCAUGGCCUUCCAAGAAGACGUCGCUAAGGAGUGGGCACACGAGCUCUUCAGUCUGGCGUCUAACCUGCUCGCUCAAAACAUGGGCCGAGAGUCCUGUCUGGAGAAAGCCUUCACGAGACUCAAGCUGCAGACGAAUCAAGAGGGUCGAAUCCCAGUGAAAAACAUCUUCCGCUUGUUCUCGACUGACCGGAAGCGCGUGGAGACGGCGCUGGAGAGCUGCAAUCUUCCAGCCGGCCGGAAUGACUCCAUCCCUUUGGAGGAUUUGACACCUGAUGUUUACAAAUCGUUCAUCAACAACCUCUGCCCACGAUCUGAGAUUAACCAAAUAUUUGCUGAUCUCGGCGUGAAGAGUAGAAACUAUCUGACGGUGGAUCAGAUGACAGAAUUCAUCAACAACAAGCAGCGGGACCCGCGUCUGAACGAGAUCCUGUACCCGCCGCUCAAACCUGAACAAACCCAGCUGCUCAUGGAGAAAUAUGAGCCCAACCCAGCCAUGAUUCAGAAAGGGCAGAUCUCAGUGGAGGGCUUCGCCAGGUAUCUGAUUAGCGAGGAGAACAGCGUCAUUCCUCCAGAAAAACUGGACCUGAGUGAAGACAUGACCUUCCCUCUCUCUCAGUACUUCAUCAACUCCUCCCACAACACUUACCUCACAGCGGGGCAGCUGGCGGGGAGCUCCUCUGUUGAGAUGUACCGGCAGACGCUGCUGUCUGGCUGUCGCUGUGUGGAGCUGGACUGCUGGAAGGGCCGGACGGCGGAGGAGGAACCCGUCAUCACACACGGCUUCACCAUGACCUCAGAAAUCUCCUUCAAGGAGGUGAUCGAAGCCAUAGCUGAGUGUGCGUUUAAGACGUCUCCGUUCCCCAUCAUCCUGUCCUUUGAGAAUCAUGUGGACUCCCCCAAACAGCAAGCCAAAAUGGCAGAAUAUUGCCGAUCCAUAUUCGGGGACGCUCUUUUGACUGAGACUCUGGAGAAAUAUCCUCUCGAGUCAGGCGUUCCUCUGCCAAGCCCUCAAGAGCUCAUUGGAAAGAUCCUCAUCAAGAACAAGAAAUCUCACCCCAAACCCUCCGAUGGGAGCACUAAAAAGAAGCUGUCCGAACAGGCGUCCAACAGCGACUCGUCCAGCGUCUUUGAGCCGUCUUCACCCAGCGCUGGACCCGCAGCACCUGCAGAGGUGGAGGCUGAGGAUGAUGAAGAUGAAGAGGAUGACGAUGAUGACUGUAAGAAGUCCAUGGACGAGGAUACAGCAGGAUGUGAAGCCUUUGCCACUGAAGAAAUGUCCACGCUGGUCAACUACAUCCAGCCGACCAAGUUCCACUCGUUUGAGAUUUCCAAGAAAAGCAAACGCAGUUAUCAGAUGUCGUCGUUCGUGGAGACCAAAGCGCUGGAGCAUCUCACCAAGACACCGGUGGAGUUCGUCGAAUACAACAAGUUUCAGCUGAGCAGGAUUUAUCCCAAAGGAACACGCGUGGAUUCCUCCAACUACAUGCCGCACUGGAACUCCUGAAACGCCAGAUCUCAACCACUAAAACUCAACACCAACACCUCAGAUCUGUCCAUGCAGCUGAACCUCGGCAUGUACGAGUAUAACGGGAAGAGUGGCUACAGACUCAAGCCAGAGUUCAUGAGACGACCGGACAAGCACUUCGACCCCUUCACAGAAAGCACUGUGGACGGCAUUGUAGCCAACACCUUAUCAGUGAAGAUCAUAUCAGGACAGUUUCUUACUGACAAGAAGGUGGGCGUUUAUGUGGAGAUUGACAUGUUUGGACUCCCCGUUGACACAGAACGAAAAGCUUUCAAGACAAAGACGUCCCAGAGCAACGCCAUCAACCCUGUGUGGGACGAGGAGCCCAUCGUCUUUAAAAAAGUGGUGUUGCCCACGCUGGCGUCCCUCAGGAUAGCCGUGUAUGAAGAGGGCGGCAAGUUCAUCGGCCAUCGCAUCAUCCCCGUCUCAGCCAUCCGUCCGGGUUACCGUUACAUCGGUUUGAGAAAUGAAAAGAAUCAAGCUCUAACUCUUCCUGCUAUAUUUGUGUAUAUCGAGGUGAAGGACUACGUUCCGGAUACAUUCGCUGAUGUCAUCGAAGCGCUGUCCAACCCCAUCAGAUACGUCAACCUGAUGGAGCAGAGAUCCAAACAGCUGGAGAGGAGAAAGACACCAAAUACCCAGAGCUGAACCAUCGAGGAGGGAGAAGAGGAGAAAGACACCAAAGAGGCGGAUCCAUGUGUUGAAAACCCUUCGGAGGUUCAAAGCGAGCCCAAACUCGUCCCGGUUGAGAACGGAUUGAGUCACGCACCCAGCGCCGCUCCUAAACCCGCGUCCCAGAUCAACACACAGCCACAGUCCACAGGCUCAACCAAACCAGCGGCAAAGACUGAAGAUCUGAUUCAGAGCGUCCUCACCGAGAUGGAGGCGCAAACCGUCGAGGAGCUCAAACAGCAGAAGGGCUUCGUCCGAGAGCAGAGACGACACUAUAAAGAGAUGAAGGACCUGGUGAAGAAACACCACAAGAAGACCACCGAGAUGAUCAAGGAGCACACGGCCAAAUACAACGAGAUCCAGCACGACUACCUGCGCAAACGGGCCGUCCUGCUGAAGUCUGCCAAACGAGACGGUAAGAGGAGGUGUUUGUCGUCCAGUCCUGAACACGGACCCUCGUUCUUCGAGCAGGAACUGGCCAAUCUGGAUCAGGACAGCGGACAGAAACUCUCCGAACUCAAAGAACAGCAGCAGCAGCAGCUCCUCAAUCUGCGUCAGGAGCAGUAUUACAGCGAGAAAUAUCUGAAGAAAGAGCACAUCAAACAGGUGAUCGAGAAGCUGACGGCCAUCGCUGAGGAAACUCAGAGCAACCAGAUGAAGAAAAUCAAGGAGCUGUGUGAGAAAGAAAAGAAAGAGCUGAAGAAGAAAAUGGACAAGAAGAGACAAGAGAAGAUGAGCGAAGCCAAAUCCAAGGAGAAACACCUGACAGAAGAGGAGAAGCUGGAGAUCAACAGGUCGUAUGUGAACGAGGUGGUGCACCACAUCAAGAGGCUGGAAGACGCACAGACUAAAAGACACGAGAAGCUGGUAGAAACCCACAAGAGCAUCCUGCAGCAGAUAUUAGAUGAGAAACCCAAACUCCAGAACGACCUGGAUCAGGAAUACCAGGACAAAUUCCGGCGGCUUCCACUGGAGAUCCAGGAGUUUGUGCAGGAAAGCACCAAGAGAAAGACUGAGGACGGAGAGCCGGAGGUUCUGCCCUCUUCCUCCUCCACGCUGGAGAAACUCAUGCAGAAAGGAGCACAGUCUGAAGACGACACAGAGGAGGAGAAGAAAGACUGAUGUCAGAAACCUUCAGGAUCUCUUCCCACUUCACUUUUAUGUUCCUUCAUUAACAUAUUUGAGAUUUGUAAGGCUUGUGUUUUACUCCAGCAGACGAAGGAGAGUUUGUGGAUCCGAGUCACGGAGCGUCACAUCAGAAACACGCUGGGAGUUUUAAGUUUUUGUUUUUUACUUGAAUGGAUCCACACUUAGAUUUAAAUCUGAAUCCUUUCUAGUGUACUGUUGAUGUGCUUCUCAUAAUAAUGAGUCAAAAGUGUUUUAAUGGAAGAGAACGCAGGUCAUGACACUGCAUUGAGAUACUGUAGCCGUCAGUUGUCUUUAUCGGAUGAAUCUCAUAAAAACUUCCUGGUCAGUUCAACCCAAACAACAAGCUGGGUCAUAUUUCACCCCGAAAAUAUGAUUUGCUUAGACAAAAAUUUGUCUGUUUUUAAGGCCAUUAAGAUUUUUGCAACUUUUGAUGUGGAGUAUUUUUUUUUCUUUUGAUUUUUUGUUUUUUAAUUUUUUUUUUGCACCAAUAGAGGUCUAAAUGAUUUUUCCAGACAAAUUUUCACCCUCUCUUUCUGACUUUAAAAUUAAACCUGGUUAUUUUAUAUUUUGUAUUUCCACAUUUAUUGUUUAUUUAUGUUUAAUUGUUAUGUAAUUGAAGUCCUCUUAUAAUGUUAGCCAAUUAUAUAUA